CGUGACAUGAACGUACUUCCUUCCUUUUUUUUUUUUUUUUUUUUUUCGCUGUUACGAUGUUAUUAGGAUUUUCUCACAGUAGUGUCAGUGCAGUUUGUUAACGGAAGUCGAACAUCAAUUUGUUGCAACGAUGCAGAUGGUCAUUUGAUGGGAAAAUUUCUUGAAGAAAAGGACCGUCCUACUUCGAUUUGCAUUUGUUGGUUGACGUGCUCAGCCAGAAGUGCAGUUGCAGUCGUUUGGAAUUCGGAACAUUGCCACAUGAAAACCUGUGCAGAUCGUCUUUGCCAUCCUACAGGUAGCAUGGAGCAGGCGUUCCCCGACGAAAGUAAAGGAGGGGAGUCAGGGACACGUGAAGGUGGCAGUUGAGAGAAAGAGAGAUAGAGAGAGACAGAGUGACAGAGAGACUGAGAGAGAGAGAGCCACACACACACAGAGAGAGAGAGAGAGAGAGAGAGAGAGAGAGAGAGAGAGAGAGAGAUGUUUGAUGGGCAAAGCUGCUGGGGCAUGUUGAGACCACAUUGACUUACUUGCCUGAACACUGUGAACAGUGCACACGAUUUUCCACAUCGGUGUUCUGCUGGUGCGUAGGGAGAGCGUUGAGAAGUUUGAGGGUCUCCCCUGAGUCACCUCCCAUUGGUUUUUCACUCUCUCAAGGGCGGUGCUUCGUGUCUGACACAUGACAGAGUCGCGCAUCUUUUUUGGACACAGUGCGGGAGGACGCUGAGGACCGGCAAUGACUUUCCAUCAGCUUGGUUUUGCAGAGCUCCCCUUUCCUUAUUUCCUGCCCUGGCCAGAUUCUCAAGGCACUCGAAUCACGGACCUCCCUCUGGAGGUGCUGAGCGACGUGUUUGGGAGAUUGCCUGGAGCCUUAGACAUUUGUAGCGCUGCCAGAGUUUGCAAGGUGUUUGCCCUAGCAGCCCAUUCUGAUGCAACAUGGGAGCCUCUGAUGCGGCCUGAACAUCUGCUGAUCUAUGAUUUAUUAUGCCCUGCGCGUCGGUCGGAUGACUCUUCUGAUCAGUCGGAUGACUCUUCUGAUGCCCCCCGGGGCCCUCCGCUGCGGCCUGCACAUGCGCUGAUUCCUAAUUUAGCGAAGAAGAGUCAGUCCCGUGGCUCUCCUUUCAAGUCGUCAGCUGUGAUGAGCCGCUACCGGCAGCUUUGUGUGGGUUUCCUUUUCCCUCACCACCCUCGCUUCGGGACCUUCUGGUGGGACAUCUGGUGGGACUUCUGGUGGGAAUGGUCCUUCUUUACUGCCUUGCCCCGUCCAGAGCCUGUUUAUUACCAUGCGGACAAAAGGACUGGUGCUGUAUGCUUGAACAUAUCGCCUCAAAGCCUGACGCUACGGAGCUCUCAAUGGUCUUCCCAUGAAUACCCUAUCAAAUUGCACAACUUUCCAGAGAGUCAAAGUCAGUGGGGCUCAAAGUCAACGGUGAGAAUUCCACAAAUUCCCAGCUGCUCGAGGAUCACAGUCAGCGGCUUUGGAAUAUACCGCCUCCCUCCAGGACGGUACAGAUGCUUUUGGAGAUUGUGCUUUUGGAGACAGUCCGGGAAUAACCAGGGCGAUGACAACCCAAGGCCAGCGGUGGAAGUAGGGGUAACAGUUACAGGGCAAUGUUCCAUUGGGAUCAGCUGCAAGAACUCUGCAAGGAGACAGGUUGAGAUUCUUCCGUGGUGGUCCCAUGUGGAUGUAGGGACCAUUGUGGUGGCGGACAGGUGGCAGAGGGGAGGUUUGGUGAAGUGCCAAGUCUCAUUUGACCUGGAGGUGGACGAGGGAGGGCUGGAGAUAGGUUGCUUCAUGCUCCGUUCAGCGAGCGGAGAAGAGCAAAACGAUAAUGUAACGUUCCUGAUGCAUGAGAGCGAACGCUUGAUCUCGACCUUCUUGUCGAUUAGGAAAGAAAGCAGGCAUUUGGAUCAUUCAGCAAAACAGGAGGAGGACGAAGAGCAUGAGCGCGCAUUACACCUCAGGAGGCUAGAUCUGUUUUCUUCCUCUUUAAGGACACAGUUUGCACGCGCCGAGCGAGGGAAGGGUCAGUUCAUAAAGCAUUGCAGGAGCCUGAUUCCGCAUUCCGGCUCUGUGCUCACAAACGUACUGCGGUGCCUCAUCCCUUCGACAAGGUUCGAUCGCGACAACGAGAUUCUUUCAGCGUUCUCUAGGACUUUGAAGAGAUUCCUUCUGUUUACUUUGUCGCUUGAGACUUACGAAAAAGGUCCUAGUAUAACGUUCCUCAAGGAGGACGAAGAGGCGGUGGAGCAACUGGUCCGUUCAGCAGAAGAAGCGGAGAAGAAGAAGAGAGAGGAAAUGGUGAGGAGAUACUUGUUGUUUCCUUCCUUUCAGGAUGAUCAUAAAAGUUUGGAUGGCCAUCACGGCGUCAUGCAGAAGGAGAAACAAGAGUUGGCUGAGCUAGAAGCACUUGUGAGGUUCUUACUCGUCCAUCCAUCGUUUCUGUGUUCCGACUCUCAAGGUGAAAACUUUAAGCCUGCGCAGGAGACUGGGAGCGAAUCUCUCAGCUCCAGUAGCUGCACAUUGCGGACCUUGCUUGAGGAUAAUCCAAAGCACAAGUCAAGUCAGGCUUGUCAAUCGGGUAGAAGAAACAAGGACUCCGAGAGGCGACGCAUAGAUGGAAGGGACAGUCAGUGUCGUACUCCCGUUCACCGUUCACGGGGUCGGUGAACGGGGGCCGGUCACCGGUCACGUGGUAGUUCAUGGAGUUCAGGGAGAGAGCCAUCUUUUUUUUUUUUUUUUUUGGGGGGGGGGGGGGGGGGGUGCGGGGGGGGUUAUAGGAGGGUGGGGGGGGGUAAUUGGUAGAAAGAGCCCACGCCAAAACCUUUUCGGUUUCGGCCGCCCAAAGUUCGGCCGAUUGGUACUACCGGCCCAAACAACUUUCCCCUGGGUGAAAGGCGCCUUCGCGCCGUGGCCCCAUCUCCCUGGGCCUGUUAUUACCGGUUCAAGAAUUUGGCGCUGUUUUUCCGCCAGAUUCAUGAACCGGUAGGGCCCUUCUUUUUCAAAAUUGCGUACGUGGGCCUCAUUCGAUACUUCAGCGUUACCACUCCCGGCCUCUUUUACAUCAAAAUGAAUUUGGCGUUGUUAU